GAAGCUUUGAAUGGAAAUUCGGGAUCUGUUCUUUCGCUUAGUGUCUAGUAGUUGUGUUCUGUUAGCUGGCGGAUAAAUUGACCAUUUCAAAUUACCUUACCGCUGUUGUUGCCAGCGGUAGCUACUGAGAAACCGCACGUGAAAUAAACAUUCGUGUUGUUCAUUGAAGGGCGGAGCUGGGCGUAAUGGGACGAAAACGAGCCAUAAACAUUCGAAAUUAUGCUGCUCGCGUAUCUAACGAAGCGCCCGCUAAAUGCCGCCAAAUCAGUAACAUCCCAUAUUCACAACGGCUCCAGCAGUCAUCGACAAUAUGCAGCAGAAGAAAACUAACCCACUCUUACUCUAACACCGCUGCCUUUCCGUACUAUGAGCGGGCGGGUGGGCUUAUGUAUCCACCCCUUCAACUUUUCCUAAUGCCACUUGUCAACACGUACGAUUUAGGCAACAGCGGUUCCAUACUCCCAUCGCAGCUGAGUCAUAUGCCUCAUAUACGAUCAGCGGUCGAGCAGCCGGCGCGGACCGUUAAUCAGCUAGGGCCAUAUACUUUCCAAAUAAUGCCAGAUAGUGUGCAGCCAACAACAAACAAUACCUGUCGCACAGAGCCAUCGCUUGCGCUUCAGCGACCCGCGCCUGGUUACUGGGCGAGACUACCUUCACCUACACCUGUAGUAGCGAGCCUGGCCCGAGGACAUGAACCCAAACCGGUUUAUCGGAUAGGUACACUUGAUGAACCUACUCGAACUGAGCUUAUGGAUGGAGCGAUGGUGAGCGAUGGUCUAAUUGACCUCUACUUGAAACUAAUUGUUAAGCGUGCAGAGCAGACAUGUCGCAAACAGAAACUGUGUGUUUACCCGUCGUACACUCUAAUCUUCGACAUAGAUUAUAGUUUAUCGGUAAUGAAUAAUAUAUCAAGCAAUCCCGAAGUCUUCGAUAUGCUGCUGUUCCCAAUGGUCUUAGGUGUAAUCGACGAGACAGAUGAACUUCGUCAAAAAGAAAAGCAGUACAGAGAGAGAAAUGAAAAAGAUGACUACAGAGAUGGAAAAGAAACAUAUGAAAACGUUAAAGCCGUAUAUAAGAAACAAGGCUAUGGUGAACACUGGGCCUUGGCCGCAUUCAAAAAGGCCACUAAAUCUAUACACUAUUACGAUUCUUUAUGGCGCGUUACAACACAGAAACGCGAGAUUGAAAUCAACACAAAACUGAGUUGGAUUCAGUACUAUAUCAACGAACAUAUGCAGUUCGUACCUCGGAUCCGAAAGGAACAACGAGGAGUACCACAACAAAGCAAUGAUACCGACUGUGGUAUCUUUGUUUGUAAAUACGCCGAGUGCCUUGCGUUUGGUAUGGACAUGGAUUUCAGCCAGAACGAAAUGACAGCUAUUCGCCAAGAAAUGGCGAAUGAAUUGGCUGCAGCAGCUGCGCAAUGACAGAGGAUCGCCAAGCGGCCUUAAUCGGACAGUUUAUAACCGCUCAGUGGAACUGCCGAUUACUGACUGGCCUCUUGAUCUUGUGCUCGGAUCUGUGUGUGCAUCUAUAUAAUGUGCAUCGAUGCGUGUAACAGCCGCCACAAGUCAACUGCGGGUUUUUCUGCGUAUCAAUCGGAAAAUCUCGAUCAAGGUGACAGUGGUGGAGAGGCUGCCGACGGAAUCAGAUCGCGAUUCCGAUAAAAUUAGACGCGGGCAAAAUUCGAACUGAACGCUCAAUUCGGCAAUGUCGUACGUCUAUCUUAAAGCAAUUACAAACUGCACGAAGUUUCGAUACAGCCCGUUGGCGAACACGCUAUAUAUCAAGUAGCUCCAUGACAUCACUGCAGACUGA